UCAGAGAUUGGUGAAUAGUAAAAAAAUCGUAGUAAAAGAAAAAUAUCGUGAUUGGUUGCCGAAAUUGCCUUCUGCGGCUAAAAUGAUUUCAUUUAGCAUAAAUAAAUUGUAUAUAUUAUUAAAAAUGUAAAGCGUUAAGAACUUGUGAAAACUAACAAGAGGCAACCGAAGUGAUUUCUUGAUAUAAAAAGGGGUGGAAGAGCAAAGCAGCAUAAGCAAACAUGACAUCUAUAUUGGAUAUGAAGUCCGGUCCGCCCGAUUAUUGGGCGGAUAUUUACAACUUCUUUUUGCCGCUUAAAUACUUCAUAAUCAACGAACGCUUCGAUGCAUUAAUGCAGCAUGUGGACUUGAAUUAUUUGCUAAACGCCUUGUUUUGGAUAUUUCUCGCUUUCGCCGUAGGUUUUAUUGGAUUCUAUAAAAUAUUUGAGGUUUUCCUAAAAACAUCCAAUAUAAAGUUCUACAAGCGCAAGCAAUUUGCACGCUCUGUUUGGAAUAUCUCAUUUUAUGCCGCUUGCACGCUCUUCUUAUAUUUCUACAAUGAAUUCAUGUUAUUGCCGCAAUUGUCGAAGAACCAAGGACGCUAUUCAUUAUUUUAUUCGUCGGAGAAUAUGAUUUUUUAUAAAUCACAACAAUGUGAAAAAUUUCAAUUCUAUUCACUCUUCAUAAUAACAUUUUAUCUACAUAAUGCUAUUUUGGAUUUCAAGGAGUCUGAUUAUCUAGAGGCUUGUUCAAAGACGCUUUAUCUACUGGCCUUAGUGGCAAUUGAUGUGUAUAAAUACGAAAACUAUUUCGUUGGUUUGAAUCUCAGCUUAGGAGUCUACAAUAUACUUACGGAAUCACUUUUCCUGCUUGCUUUGAUCAAUUCGAAGGGCAGCCGCUUGUUGUUUCAAGUAUUUUUGGGUCUACGCAUAGCCUCGUGGUAUGUACAUAUGCAGAUGUUAGGCAGGUCUCACGUUUUCAUCAGUUUAAUACCAUUUAAAUAUUUAGUUCCUACGCUAUUUGCCAAAAAUUUUAAAAUAAUGUUAAAUGUUGCUAUUUGGCUGUGGUACGGUCUAUCCAUUUGGAAUUCGCCGGUACUACAGUAUUUCUAUCAUCAAAUAUAUCACUCUUCACCGCUUGAUUGUUCGGGCGAGGGAUCGGCAGCAAAAUGCAUCCUACUUAAAGACUCUAGUGAACAUCGUCACUUUAAAACACUCAAGAAAGCGUAUAUGGAAGUGAAAUUAGCGCAAGAAAAAUUGAAAAUUAGUUCGUUGGCGAACUCAACUGGUUCGGAGAGCUCGUGCACAUCAGCCAAAGCCUUUCAGGCUAUUAAAUGCAUAAUGACUUUAAAGCGUAAAUUGAAACGUAUACGCGAGGGUCGCGGUUCAGAGAUGGAAAAUGAUACCGAAGAUAUGAAUAAUGAAUAGAACCGAAUAUGCGUUGAAUUGACCGUUAUAUGUAUGCCUAACCCAAGAGACUUUAUUUAGAUAAUAUAGAAAAAAGUAACCUUCUACAUACAUAAAUAUAUAAAUUCAAUUUAAUUUUUAAUCUUCCAUCGAGACUCCAAUGUUAUUGAAUACUUCUGUAUUUACUCCAACUCUCUAUUUUUAUUAUCUAUCUCAUUAUAAUACUAAUAUGACACUUUUCCAAUAUUUUAGAAUUUACAACAUUUUAUUCAAAAUUUUUCUCGGUGUGCGUGGGAAACUUUUUUAAUGUUAAAAAAAAAUUAUCAAAAAGACAUUUUUAGCGUCGAGCGAGUGCUCUCUGUUAGUUUUACCGUUCUUUAUAAAAUUUAAAUACACAUUAUUAUUAUUGUUAUUAACGAAAACGUCGCUGAACCUAAAAAAAUAGUAUAUAUAGACAUACAUAGCUAUAUAUAAUAUGACGAUAUAACUUAUGUAAGCGAAUAAAUUUAUGUUUGACUGUUGCAUGUUGAGAAA